UGUAGACGAGGCUUUUUGUACGACGUACGACGGCCACGACGGAGUGUCUUUAUCCAGAGUCGAUAGUAUGUAACAUGAACAGUAUGUAAUUUGAUGUGAUUUGAUGUCACGCGGUAUCGGUAAUAUGUAUGAUCGUCGCGCAAACGAAUUGAAACGAAUAAUGGCCGAAGAUCUCGUAGAUGCGCAUUCUGUGACUGCAUCGCGUGUGAUAUAACGGAAAUGUUGAAGAUCGGCUACGCGAAUAAAUCAAAUUAAAGUGGGGUCAUUGCGCGAUAUGGAUUUAUCAUAACAGAUGACGAGGUACAGGCAUUCACCCUCUUGCAAUGCAAUUCGAAUCGCGUUAAUGACGAGGUUAAUCCCCUAUGGGAACACUUUGGAAAUGGCGAUAAAGUGAACAGCUGUGCGUCAAGUAGGAAUGCAUACGUGGUACGUUUUUUAAGGAUUUGAAGAACAUGUUUAGUGCUACUAUACUAAGUAUACAUGUUCUGGUUACUGUAGCACAAAAUGUGACACCUAAGUUGCUGCUGGUUAAAAGUAUUACACAGUUUAUAAAAUGGAAAGAGUUAUACCAAUGAGUUGGUUGAAUCAAAUAUUGCUAGUCUUUAGUAUAUCAGCUGCAAUAUUGUCCUUGGUUAUACAAGGGUGGGUAGAUUUUACACCUCUGCCAAUAUACGUUUCUAUCUCCUGGGCUAUAUUUGUCACAAUUAUAUCCAUAUGGCUGAGUUGCUACUUGUUACGUCUAACACUAAAAGCCAACAGUCCGAUUGCUAUAGAAUUUAUGAACAAGUGGAUAUGCAAGAAACUAGUGGAUCAACUGAGUUUAGAUUGUUCAGUAGAUGAGAAUGAAAGUAUAGAGCUCACUCGCAAAGGUGAUAAUGAAAACCAAAAAAACUCAAAUUCCACACAAAAGGAUAGUGUUAAGUGCAAGAAUGAUGAUUCCUGUAAGAAAGAGAACUCUUUGACAAGAAGAAAAAAGCUGAAUGUAAUAGAAAUGACACAAGAGAUUAAUGCAAAGUAUAUAGAAAUUUGGUAUAAAAAUAUAAGUAAUGACAAGUCAUUCCCUGAUGAGGCGCAGAACUUGUUGAUCAAGUUCUUGACCAGGCUUGUCUGGAAAGCCAGUCUAAUAGAUAAGAUAAAGCUUACUAAUAAAUUGGCAAGUGUGUUACUGUUACACCUAAAGGAAUAUCGUAGGGCAUUACGUAGAGUCGAGAAAGGUACUGCAGUGAAUGUGGAGGAGGCAUACAAAUAUUUACACCCUGGUUCUCGCAGUACAUCAACAUUGGAGCACAUGUUACAUCGUUUGGUUACUGUCCUGGCACAAGAGUUUUUACAGUGGGAAUUAACUAGUUCGUUACCAUGUAAACUUUUGUUAUCUAUUUUAGCAAAGAAACUCUUAACAACAAUAGACAUAAUCAGCUCCCCAGAUUGGUUGAUCGAGAAUUUGUUAAGAUUAUUAGAAGCUCCAACAAAUGAAGUCACUCCAGUUAAACAAAAUAUCAAUGGUACCAUAACUGUUGCUUUAAGUGAUGGUAUCACAUCCGCGACAGCGGCUGUAAUCCCACAGCAAUUGCCAAAAUCUUUAUCCAAGUCUAGUCUAUCCACAGCUACUACGAGUGAAGACAAGAAUACAGCUUUAAUGACAGCUCCAGAAAAACCAACUCUAUGUCUGGAAGGUCUCUCUACAGAGCAUAGAGGCCUGUGGGGAGACAGCAUAACGGACACAGAUCUGGAUCUGGAAGAAGAUAAGAUAUCACCGGUGUAUGAAGAACCAACGGAUUUCGCUACGACUAUCGCUAGGCUUAGAAGUCUAUUACAACAGAAAUCUACAGCGACCACACCACUACAUGCUGAAGAAAAAUCCUAUGUAAUAUACGAAGGCAGCCAAUUUACGAAUUUAUCAAUUCCUUGGACUGAGUUCCACACCGCGACGGAUGGCUCACAGCAACUGUAUUACUGCAUACAAUUUGACGAUGUCGAGCAACGUGGAAUGGAUCUAUUCGAAACAACCACUGCUACAGUCAAAAGGCAGUAUGCAGAUUUUGUUCAGUUGCAUCUUAGUUUGGAAGAAAUUCCAACGUUAGCAAGUAUUAUGUCGGAACUAGUGUUACCUGAAGGUGGCCGAAUUGAAUUAGAAAUGUAUUUGAAAACGUUGUGUACGCGAUUGGCGACUGAAUGUCCGCCGCAACUGCGUCAUUUUCUUCGUCCUAGUAGCAGUGCAAGCAAGAAAGCCGACGCGGUAGCACCUCGUUUGGAUCGAUUUUUAGCAAAGACCGUAACUGGUGUCUUUAACACAUUGAAAACCGUUGUACCAGGUUUUGAAUUAGAUCAAGAAGAAGAUGCUUCUCCUCCGCCUACUCUAAUGCCUUUGUCUGACAUACCCUGGAGAUUUGUUGAGGAUAUAAAGUCGAAAAGUCUUGCUUGUGAACUUCAGCAAUUGAUUGCGGAAAGAACUGAGUACUGUACGGUAGACACAGCUUAUGAGGCAGUUGACUCAAUAGAAGCUAGUGGCGAUUCAGAGUUACUGGAUUGUUGGUGGGAGACUAUUAAUACUUCAUAUGAUGAUGAAAUAGACGAGUUAGAUUCCAAUUUAACACUGACAUGUACGACGGUAGAUUUGAUUUGUGAGCUUCUAGCAGGUAUUGCUAGUAAUAAUACAUUACAACAAGAAGCGGUUGUUAGAUGGACCAAAUUGCUACUUGGAAACAUUUCAGAGCCAAUCCUGCAGAAAAUUAUUUGGUCAUUUUACUCUCUAAGCGGUUCUCCGUUAAAUUGGGAUACGUCACAUAACAUCACAAGUCAGAAUAGUGCACAGUUGAGGGAUAAAUUACUAUGUGUAUUAAAGAAAAAGAUAUCGUACAAUAUCAAAUUGAUAUUCGGCGAGGAUGACGCGUACAAGGCUCUGAACUAUCUGUUAAGUUCAUAUGAAAUCAAAAGGAUUAAUUUAGAUUUAAACAUGCAAAUGUUGGAUGCAUUAGUAUCGGAACUAUUAAUUUCCUGUAAAACAAAUUACGAUGCCGCAAAUUAAUUUAAAUUUUUAUUCAUGUCUUUAGACAGAAGAUUGUACUUGACGAUUAGCAAGACUAUUCACACACUAUUUUCUUCCUCCUAAUAAUGUAUCUGGAGUCAUUAAGAGGAUACUUAUAUCAAAAUACUUAUGUAAAGACAAAUCGAUAUGUGCCAUAUGUAGAGCAUAUGUUAACCAUUUACAUUUUCGUGAUAACUCGAUGGAUUUUUUAAAAUAAAGACUGUACCUGAUUAUAUAUUUACAAUAAGAUAAUGCCAAGUAUAUUUUCCAUUAGAGAAUAAUGGCUCCUUUCUAUCGAUAGUGUGAAAAGAGUCACUCUUGGGAAGGCACUAUAUGCAUUUCUGAACUUACUAAGUAUAGCAUUUAUAUUUAAUAACAAAGUUUUGUACAAAGGAAUUGUUCGUCCUUCUGCAAAACGUAUGGUGCAUGUUGUACAAUGUAUAUAAAUUGCAACCCUAUCAUUGAUAUUCUGAAGAUUGUGAGAAGUUUUACUUGAGUAUACACAUACAAUUUACGAAAACAAGAGCUUAAUACUUAAUUACAUUUAUUUAUAUGCAAUAAGAUUAAAUGUACAUUACAAUAUAAUUAGUUUUUCUUGGUUGUAUCAUUUGCAGCUUUCUGUUUCUCUAGCUGUGCUCUGAAAUGAAUUACAACCAGUAGUAAAGUGAGUUUUAUGUAUAACAUGUUUGCAGUAUAUAUAUAUGUACAUAUCUGUGUUUAACAUAAUAAGACAAAAUAGAAUACUGAUUUCCAAACGUUAUAACGUCUUAUGAUUAUCUAAAAGUUAAAAUAGCAUAAUCUUUAUUUUGUAAGUUGCAUUUAACAUUUUUUUAUCGAUCGAAUCUUACAUUGUUUUCCCCCUUCCUAUAGAUAUAUGUAAAAUUUAUUUAAAAAAUGGAAUAAUAGUAAAACAUCACUCCAGUUUUAAAGUUAGAGCAUCUUUUGUAUAUAACAUUUUGCAAUUACAUUAAAAUUUUAACUCUUAGACGGUCGCGAGGGUUUUUCUUAAAUCAAUUUUGUUUUAGGAAAAAAAUUUAAAUACAUAAUUGGAUGCAAAAUUGAUUUCGAAAUGAUAUGUCUAGCAGCCCUCCUAAGAUAAAAAGAGUAAUCCUUACUUUUUACGUGUAUCGCAUUUAGUGGUUUUUUAUUGCUAAAAUUCUACUUUGUUUCUUUCCCUUCUCGUAUAUAUGUGGAAUUUGUUCAAUAAACGAAUUUAUGAC